AAUAUUCAGACCCUGUUUCAAGGCUCUUUCAAGAAUUCAUGAGCUCCCAGCAUCCACAAUCAGAAGCUCCCAUUUUCGUUUUCUCUAUAGAUUCCUUCUCUCUGUAAGAUGAAGCUGUUGAGGCUGUGGAAAUGGUAUCAGGAUUGUUUGGCUGUACAUCCAGUGAAGACCCAGAUCAUUAGCUCUGGUUUGAUUUGGGGGUUUGGUGAUAUAUGUGCGCAGACCAUCACUCAUACCACAGCUAAGAGACAUCACCAAAUUGGAGAUGAAGAUAAGGAAUUAAAGAUCAAUUGGAGACGAGUGGCCACCACAAGCUUGUUUGGGUUUGGAUUUGUUGGACCAGUUGGCCACUUCUGGUAUGAAGGAUUGGACCGAUUGAUUAGGCAUCGACUUCAACUGCAACCAAAAUCCUUCCGGUUUGUGGCUGCUAAAGUAGCAAUUGAUGGGAUCAUUUUUGGGCCCUUGGAUCUACUUGUGUUUUUCAGCUACAUGGGGUUUUCUACUGGGAAGAGUGUUGCUCAAGUUAAGGAAGAUGUGAAGAGGGAUUUUCUUCCAGCCUUGAUUCUGGAAGGGGGAAUAUGGCCCAUCGUUCAGGUUGUGAAUUUCCGUUUCAUUCCCGUAAGGUACCAACUGCUCUACGUCAACUUCUUCUGUUUGUUGGACAGUUCAUUUUUGUCAUGGGUUGAGCAGCAGCAAGAUGCUCCUUGGAAGCAAUGGUUCACAUCUUUCCUGGCUUUAAAAGAAAAAGAAGGCCAAGGUGGAUGAUCCCUCCCUCUCCCAAACUAUUUCUUCUUCCGCUUUCCUUCCAAGCCCCAUUGCUAAUAUAGCAAAAGAUACAUGUCUGAGAAGUUUUAUCAAGAACCCGAAAAUGCCAGCUUGGAUUUUUAAAGCUGGUAAUAUGGGAAGUUAUGAAGCCCCUCACAAGCUUACCACCUGGGUUUCUUCAUCCAUUUUUCAAUAAAGCUCUUGUGACAUUCUAUGAUUCUGCAAUUUUUACUUGGUCCCUAUAUCAAAUCAUCAGAAGAUGAGAUGGGUUUUGGAAUGUCUGUUCAUCUUUCUUUUCCCUUUUGUCCUUUUAUUUACCCUGUUAUGUUACAUUUUACAUAACAUUGGAAAUUGAGCUGCAGGUUUUCAAUUUCAUUUUGUGAUUAAUGCUGAACCAAACAACUAUUUUGUAUUAAUUGGGAGCUUAGGUCUUUCCUCAGCAGUU